AUGGGUUCCUAUAGGAAUUAUAUGAGGUUAUUAGAAUCUUGGCCAUUGGAUAAUUCAAAGCCUGGAAGAGAUCUAUCUCAACAUCUUCGUGAUCAAUUAAAACUGGCAUUUGCAAAAGGUGAAGCUAGUGAAGUAAAUCGUGAACUGUGUGACCGUUAUUAUAUGAGCUUAAAGAGAAUUUGUUCUAAUCAUUAUGGACAAAUAUACACUCGUACUCUUUCAAGUAGUUCCACUGGUUUAACAAGAGAACAGUGUAAUUUAAUGCUUACACCAGAAGCAUUACAGUCCUUUGAAAACGAGUAUAGAGGAUUCUUUUUUAAUUUGUGUGCAAGAUUGUUUGGGUAUGGUAAGAGAAAUGCUAAUUAG